ACAGGAAAAAACAUAAAUUCCAACAACUCAUUAAUAAAUUUUCCAAGAAAGUUCGUUGGCUUUUGAAUUAAUCAAUUGGGUUCACCAGAAAAACAGAUGAUCAGGUAGCAGAGCCAUCGAAUGCAUUGACUAGUUACUAUAUGACAUGGGGUUUGUAUAUAUUAAUAUAUAUGUGGAAUUAGAGAGGGGAGAGAGAGAGGGGAGAGAGAGAAGAAAUGGAGGUAAGAAGAGGGUUAGCUCUGUUGAUGAUUUUGAUGGUUGUCGGGAAGGGAGAAGGGCAACUAGUGGAAGGUUUUUAUGGCUCUACUUGUCCAAACUUGGAAGCAAUAGUGCAGCAGGCAGUCACCACAAAGCGCAUCCAAACUUUUGUAACUAUUCCAGCCACCCUGCGACUCUUCUUCCAUGACUGUUUCGUUACGGGAUGUGAUGCCUCUGUCCUAAUAGCAUCGCCAAAUGGAGAGGCAGAGAAGGAUGCAAAAGAUAACCUCUCCCUUGCUGGAGAUGGCUUCGACACGGUGGUGAAAGCAAAAGAAGCAGUAGAAGCACAAUGCCCCAGCGUAGUUUCAUGUGCAGACAUAUUAGCUCUUGCUGCAAGGGAUGUUGUAGUUCUGGCAGGAGGACCUUCAUUCGCGGUAGAACUGGGACGACGGGAUGGCCUUGUCUCUCAAGCAUCUCUUGUCGCUGGAAAUUUGCCAGAACCUGAAUUUGAUCUUGCUCAACUUAAUGCCAUGUUUUCCAAGAACAACCUUACCCAACUUGACAUGAUUGCACUAUCAGGAGCCCACACUCUUGGCUUCUCUCACUGUGACCGGUUUGCAAACCGUCUUUACUCGUUCUCACCAUCUUCUCCAGUAGACCCUACACUGAAUCCUGACUACGCAAAGCAGUUGAAGGAAGCAUGCCCUCAAAAUGUAGACCCAAGCAUAGCCAUCGAUAUGGAUCCUGUGACUCCACAAACUUUCGACAAUGCGUACUACAAAAACUUAGUAGCAGGGAAGGGAUUGUUUACCUCAGAUGAUGUUCUGUUCAUCGAUUCCGCAUCUCAGUCAACAGUCAUAAACUUUGCCAAUAGUCCAGCUGAUUUUAACGCGGCCUUCGUCACGUCUAUGAGGAAACUCGGAAGAGUGGGCGUGAAGACCGGUCGCCAAGGAGAGAUAAGGAGGGACUGCAGUGCCUUCAACUCAUUAAGGCAAAAUAUCUCAUGAUGUUUCUAACAGAAAAAGAAGCAUCAUCAAUCAACAUAUUCUCAAAAAAAAAAAGAGUUUACAAGAUCAUUCAAGGUUUUCCUACAUUGUUUGUGCAGUUAAAAGAGCAAACCAUCAAUUCAUCAAAACUUGAUGAAACAUUUCUGAAUGAAAUGGUAGAAUAAUAUGUUUUAUA